CAGAGGAUUGUUGUUGGAUUGAGGGCACUGGGGGACACAAUUGUAGAGAUGCAAGGAUGCAGGCCCGUCUGAUGCAGCCAGCGAGGUGGUGGAGGAAGUGGUGCAGUGACAUGCCCAUCCUCCAGAAGCAAGUCGUUCGUCUGCUUGGACAAGCGUCCUCCUCCUCUUGUUGCGAGAGGAACUGGAGCUUGUUCGAACGAAUUCAUAGUCGUCUCUGUAACAACCUCGGUGCCAUCAAGCUUAGCACACUGGUUUUCAACAGAUGGAACCAGCAUUUGUUGGAUGCGUUGAUCAAGAAGCCGAAGGCCGAUAAGGGUUCACCGCAAUGGGAAGAGGAUGAACCAGUGGAAGAUCUCACACGGGAUGAGAUGGCCAAGGAUGCACGAAUGCGGUUGGCGGAGUGGCGUGCCCGGCUGCACAGAACAGAGCUGGUCGGUGAUGCAGGUGAUGAGGAGGCUCAGGACGUGGAAGGUGGCAGUUUGGCAGAAGGUCCUGCACCCGCACGUCUCACAAGAAAGCGGGGACGACCGCAGAAGCAGCCCGUGCAAGAGGAGGAGGAAGUAGCGCCAGGAAGGACAAGCAGCGAUGAAAGUGGUAGCGGCGCUGAUGAAAAUGAUGGCGGCAGAGACGAAAGUGAUGGCAGCGGCGAUGGUGACGACGAGAGCGGUGGCUGCGAUGGGACAGAUGGCAGUGGCGAGGAGGACGAAGGCGAAGGCGACGAGAAAGAUGGUUGUUCGUCGGAGGAAGAGGGCGACUCCGAAUCAGAACCCCUGUCUACAUUGCGCAAGACAUCCCACUGACGCGCGCGCGCGUCUGUGUGUGUGUGUGUGUGUGUGUGUGUGUGUGUGUGUGUGUGUGUGUGUGUGUGUGUGUGAGAGAGAGAGAGAGGGCACUGACAGUGCUGGUAAUAUGAACACUCUUCAAGU